AUGGUCGCCAUCAACACAAUCAAGAAGUCUAACACAACGGCCCUACCCCAAGCUCUUCCCCAGAACCUCACAGCGGUUUUCCUCGGCGCCACAUCCGGUAUUGGUCGCAGCACAAUUAAACAACUUGCCAUCGCCACAGACAACAAAUCGCCAACAAUCUACAUCGUUGGUCGAAGCAUCUCAGCCGCAGCCCCUCUUGUUGCUGAGCUCCGCCAGAGCAACCCUUCUGCCACUAUCGAGUUCAUCGAGAGAGAUGUCUCGCUUGUGAAGGAGGUCGAUGCUGCCAUGCAGGAGGUUGCGAAGCGCGAGACAAAGGUUGACUUGCUGUUCAUGUCUGUUGGAUUUAUGUCUUUUGAAGGAAGAAAAGAAACAAAGGAAAAACUUGAACCUUCCCUGACAACCCGCUUUUACAGCCGCAUCAGAGCCAUCCAGGUCCUUCUCCCUCUCCUCAACCGCAGUGAGAACCCCCACGUCACCAACAUUCUCGCGGGCGGCCAAGAAGGUCCUCUCGUGGAGGAUGAUCUCGACCUCGCCAAACCAGGCAACUAUGGCAUUGCAGCAUCAGCCCAGCAAGCCGCUACUAUGCUCACUCUCACGCUAGAACGCUUCGCUCAAGAAAACCCCAAGAUCAGCUUUGUCCACGCCUUCCCCGGUCUCACAGCAACACCGCUACUCUCUCGCGGCUCAAGCGGUAUCAUCGGCUUCUUGCUCCAGUGGAUUGUGACGCCACUAGGUGGACUGUUCUUUGCCAGUCCUGAAGAUGUCGGUGCCAGAGCACUCUUCUAUGCUACCAAUGCCAGAUUCACUGUUAAGAGCGCUGAGGCAUCUGCGACACCCAUCCCUGAAGGUCUGAGCAAGGCUUCUCGAUCUGCUGGCGGUAUCUUUCUAGUGGACCCCAAGAGUGAAGCUUUCGAUAAUGAGAAGGUUCUUGUCGGGCUACGAGAGAAGUCAGCAGAAAAGGUGCGAGCUCAUGUGGACCAGGUCUUCAAGAGAGUUCUUCAGUAG